UAAGAUCACUGCAGAGAAUGACAAACACCACACAUCUAUAAAAAGACUGGUAGAAGUCAUCAACUUGAAGAAUGCUGACGAACCUGACAAACCAAACAGAGGAUGACCCCUUCUCCUGCUACAGUCCUUUACUUGUAGGAUACCGUUACUUUGCUGUGGUGUUGGGAUGUGGCGUGAUCAUCACUGGUACGGUGGGGAACCUGAUGACCCUUCUGGCCUUCGCCUUAGACCCACGUCUGAGGACUCGCUUCAAUGUGCUCAUCGUUAACCUGGCUGUAGCCGAUCUCCUGUACUGCACCAUAAUGCAGCCCUUCAUAGUUGACACAUAUCUAAACCUCAGAUGGCGCAGUGGUCCACUCUGGUGCAGCAUCUGUUCCCUGCUUAUCUUCAUUUCCACCAGUGUCUCCAUUGUCACCCUCUGCCUGGUAGCAAUGAGCCGAUAUCUCAUGGUGGCAAAAAGGGCUUGGUUUGACCGUGUCUUCUCCAAUUGGGGUCUUACUUUACUCCUGAGCUCAGCGUGGGCACUUUGCCUGGCCACCGUCAGCCCACUCUGGCCUGUUUUUGAGUUUGUGCCAAAGGUGUGCGCAUGCAGCUUCAAUCGCACCAGGGGUCGUCCCUACAGCACCAUUGUGCUCUUUUUGUACUUCUUUGUUGGUCUGGGCUGUGUCGGUGUAUUCUACCUCCUCAUCUACAGACGUGUCAGGAUUGCCUCAAAAUCUCUGCAGCGCUACAGGAUCAGCCGCAAGUCCUCCAGAAAGAAACCAGCUUCUUCUGCUCAAGAGACUGAUAACAGUGGUGUAGAAAAGACAUGUAGCUUUGAGAUGAGCAGUCAGGUAGAUCUAGCCCAAAAUACAGAUAAUAUCACCUGUGAAACCUCCAAAUCUGCCGAAGCUUCUACCAUGGGCCCAAAUUCAUCAGCAGCCAACGAGUCUCCCCUUGACAUCGUCCCAUCACCUUCAGCCACACCUGCUCCCACAAAGGCAACACCCUCUGGCCACUCCACAGCCUCAGGAGAUGAUAAAGAAAUGAAGCGUGUGACACGCAUGUGUUUAGCAGUUUUCCUGUGCUUUUUGCUUUGCUUUGUCCCGUACAUUUUUCUCAACACAAUUGACAAACAUGAACGUGCACCACAGGUUCUGUACAUACUCAGUACAAACUUCACCUGGUUCAACAGCUGCAUCAACCCCAUGCUCUAUGCUGUCAUGAACAGACAGUUUCGACAGGCCUACCAUUUGCUGCUCACCAGGGCUGCUGCACCAUUCACCUGUCUCUGGACCUGGUGUUCCACCAAGCAACCACCACCGGAGCUGAAAAUUGAAGCCAAUGCUUAAAUGCAAAAAAACUGCAGUUUCUUAAAGUCUCCAAAAGUGAGUUCAUCCUCAUCAGCACCCAUGUUAAAAUCCUCAACUCUGCAGCAGAAAUAAACAUAUUUACUGCUUGGUACAAAAACUGUUUUGAUCUCUGUAUCUUAUUUCUGCCUUCAUGACAACUAUUUUUUAUAUUUGCCCUUUAACUAUAUGAAGGCUUAAAGCUAAACAUAAUUUAAGGCGUGGCUGCUCUGAGUGACAGGCAGGUGCCCUCUCAGGUGACUAGCCACUGCAUUUAGCACACCUCAGCUCUCCCCUGCUCAGCCUUUUUGCCUAUUUUUGGAUUAGUCUGGAGUUGGGAGGAGUUGGGCACUGCCAAGAUGGCAACAGAGAGAUUCACCCACUUUAAAAUUCACUGGCAUCAAGGAGACUACGUCCAGAUUCUAUACAGUCAAUGUUGUCAACAAUGAGAUCCUACACUCCUGGACUUUAAAGUGAUGUUUCUAUUAUUCAGGUCCUACAUGAUAUUCUUUGUAGUGCAACCUGCAUUCAGUCACUAUUGACUCCUCAGUUGUUUGUCUGUGUGGAUAAUAUAAGGUGAGGGAGUUGA